AUGAAGCUCAUCUUCCUCUUUACUUUCCUCAUUAACCUGGCUGCGGCCAGGGAGACCAUCAACCUUGACGACCGUGCCGUCAAACUCCCUCGCAAACAGACUUAUCGACCUGGCAAGAUCGAUGGCGACUACAUUUCUCUUCCAUUGUCCAGAUCCGAGAACGGUCCAGCCGAAUACAAGACCUCAACCGACAAAACCACUCUAGUGAGGCCCGCGGUUACCCUCAAGAAGCUUCCUGAUCAGUACAUCGAUGCCGGCCUUUCGAAGAGAAGAGAAAGCUUCCAAGCUCUGAAGCAACUCCGGAGACAAGUCUCUGCCGCAGACUUCUUUGAGUGUUACAACUCUUCCCCCACCCCCUCUCCGUCCGACUGCCAAACCCUAACAACCCAAGUCCUCAGCUCCAACCAAGACCUGAUCGUGACCGCCAACGCCUGUCUGUUGUUUACCUAUCGGUCAUGCCAAGCCUUCUUCUGCUCACUGUGCACGACGAUAAGCACCAGUACCGAUUUCAUCGGCAACCAGCUGGACACACUGGAGGCACUGUGUGUGGAGAAUGGACAGAUUGGGACUAUUGUUGGAGAGGGUAGUGACGGGUGGGAUGUUGGGUUUGUUAGUCCUGGGAGUGGAUUGCCUAGUUAUGAUGUUUGCUGA